UUUUGCGUUUCGGCGAACUGCGGGCCAGCUGUUUCUAGCGUCGUUUUAAUACGCAAAUGGCAAUGUAUCGGUUUAGUUGAGAAAUUUUUGUAAUUGUGCUUUAUUGUAAUUGUGCUUUAUUGAUUUAACGUCAGCCCAUCGAUAUAAAAUCAUAGUUAGGGUCAAGGAAAUACAAUUCGAUAGUAACAAGUGAAUUAAUUAGUUCUAGUCUGUACUAUUCUAUUACUCUCUAACAAAUUAUUCUAAAGAGAAAGCUGACUUAAAUGAAGAGAUAGUGUUUUUCUGUCUGAUAGGUAGUGCUAAAGAAUUCCAUUGAGACGCUCCGUAAACUAGAACGCUUUUUCCGCUGCUUUUUCAAGAAAAAAAAAAAAAAUAAAAGUACCUCAUUGAAAAAUCGAGUUUAAAAUGAUCGUCGUCGAAUUGUUGCUGUUAAUGCUGGCCGUCCAGCAUAUCGAAGGUUCGAAUUAUCAGAGGUACGAUGACCCGAUCUCCCAGGCAAUCUCUGAAAAGGGAAAGAAUCAACUCAAUGAACUAGAAAAUAAAAUCAACUUGCCUCGGUAUGGUGACUGUUGGAUGCAAUCGCUGGAACACUUACGCAACGGAUGCCAAUCGCUGACGGAUUCCAUCCAGGUUGAUCUGGCACUGCACUUUACCGAUUGCUUCCUGGAGAUGUCCGGCCAGGAGCGGCUAGAUUGUGCCUCGGAACGGACCGAGAGUCUCAAGCGGCUGUGCAUGAGCGAGAUGAGCGACCGAGCCUUUGGGGUUUAUACGGAAUUCUUCACUCAGACUCAGAAUAUGUGCUUCUUUCUGCAGAGCCAACGCUGGCAGCGGGAAUCGGAUCGGACCGUGGAAAGGCUCACCGUGCGUUCCCGGGAAGUGAGCGACCGUUUGGAAAUGGCUGGCGAGGUACAGCGGGUGGUUUUGGAACAUCAAAAGGAAGGAUUACGUUUGCAGACCGAAAUGCUUGCUUUGGGAAAUGGAUUGGCCAGUUCGUUGAACGGGUCUCAGCUGACUUUGGACAGGUUAACGGAAGAUUUGAAAAAUUCUACCAAACAACACGAAGCCGUGUUGACGGAGUUGUUUCGAGAAUUCUAUCUUCUGCACAGUUGGAUUGUGGGGCGAUAUUCUUUCGUCGAUCGGUUGAUAUUCUACGUAGGCUAUUUGGUGGCCGUGAUGAUUGCCACAUCGUCCAAGCGAACUGCCGAAUCUCGGAGCUUCCUGUUAAUCAAUCUUGUCGCGAGCUUGCUUUUGGAAAUCAUACUUUACAAAUUUCUUUCUUCCCUGGAUAACGUGCAAGUAGAUCAAAUGCAGUGGACCAUCCGAAGAUUAUCGGUUAUUGUUGCUUUACCGGUUUUCCUUUACUUUUCCUAUCGCUUUCAAGAUAGCAACACCAAACUGCUCAAGGAAAUAAGGGAACAAAACGUUCUCAUCAUGGACAAGUUACUUAGACUGAAGAUCGAAUCUUCGGAUAAAACAUCAGCUCAUUCUGUUCCGACCGAUCGCAUGUCAGUGUCUUCCCUCAACAGCCAACGGUCCCAUUUUGAGACCCGCGUCUUCCGAUCACGUCCUUUAAUCAUCCAUCAACACCAGGUGGAAAUUCCGAUAUCGCUUGAACCAGAACUGGAGCCGGAAACGACUGCUAGCGACUACGAGCGUCAGAAUAGAUCCAACGAGCGUCGUUCGUUCAGCCGUCAAACAUCGCCAAUCGUCGAGAGGACACCGUCGUCGAAUCGAUCCCGCCGUGAUCACUCGCAGCAGACGACUUCCGAUUCCAGUACGUCCCGUGGUUCCUCUGUGCGGUACAAUCUGCGGAAGAAAGUCCAACCGUGAUCGUCAUUUACCCGCCGAAGUUCGGUGGAUCAUUCCAUCAAUGACGGCAAUAAGCGCACUGUCGAAACAAGUAUUACCUACUAGGCAUUAAUUAUUUUUCGUUUAGUCGAACUAAUUUAUUAUUAUUUAUUAAGAAUUGACCGUUAUUUGGUUUUUUUUUACUUUGAUCGCUAACAUUCCAAAUCGAAAAUGUUUUUUCUUUAUACAUAAUUCCAAAGUGAAGACAAUUGACACCAAAAUAUUGUAGAUUAACACAUUUAAGUU